AUGCCCCUGACCCGCGUGCCCCUGACCCACGUGCCCCUGACCCACGUGCCCCUGACCCGCGUGCCCCUGACCCACGUGCCCCUGACCCACGUGCCCCUGACCCGCGUGCCCCUGACCCGCGUGCCCCUGACCCACGUGCCCCUGACCCACGUGCCCCUGACCCACGUGCCCCUGACCCACGUGCCCCUGACCCGCGUGCCCCUGACCCACGUGCCCCUGACCCACGUGCCCCUGACCCGCGUGCCCCUGACCCGCGUGCCCCUGACCCGCGUGCCCCUGACCCGCGUGCCCCUGACCCGCGUACCCCUGACCCGCGUACCCCUGACCCGCGUGCCCCUGACCCGCGUGCCCCUGACCCGCGUGCCCCUGACCCACGUGCCCCUGACCCACGUGCCCCUGACCCACGUGCCCCUGACCCACGUGCCCCUGACCCACGUGCCCCUGACCCACGUGCCCCUGACCCACGUGCCCCUGACCCACGUGCCCCUGACCCGCGUGCCCCUGACCCACGUGCCCCUGACCCACGUGCCCCUGACCCACGUGCCAAACUCUCAGGCACGCAUUUUUCCUGACCGGGGAUUGAAUCCAGUGCCUUUGAAU